UCCCGUGUUUGUGUAGCCUGCUUCCCAAACAUCUCUUGCUCCGCUGUUCCUCGUUACAGUUUCAAACGAUGUAUUUUAGUAUAGUUGUAUGUGGCGGUGUUUGAUAACUAAAGUUUUUUUUUUUUUGGAAAACAAAAAAAAAAAAAAAAAAAAAAAACACGUUAAAUUCCGCUAGAUGCUGUUCUUGUGCUUGACAGAAACAUGGAAUACUUCUGCACUACGAAGUCUCACAUGGACAUUUGGACUACUUCGUUAAUUCUUUACAUUAUGUGUGGAACUCUGACAGCGGGUAUUGCUGAGAAAACCGAUGACCCAGCUCUUUCGCUUGACAUCUCCCAUGCACCUCAUAUCAAGCCACACCACAUUACUGAUGCCAGUCAACUGGCCACGACCACCAAAGUCCCAAACGUUCACCUUAAGCAAAAGGAUAUCGAAAGACUGAAAUUCAAGCCCACUGUGGGAAACAUCCAUCUCUCCGAGGGGAUGGACGUGAGCUUUAACUGUUCCAUCGAUGUCUACGACGUUUCCUUGGAUCUUUACAUCCAGUGGUGGAAGGAUGGACAGGAAGUGGUCGUCAGCCAGGAAACCAGAUUAAAUUACUUGCAAGCGAUGGACAAAGGGGUUUUAACCACACUGUCAACCUUAAGCAUGAAGAACGUGCAGCGUUCAAACGGUGGGGAAUACCGAUGCAGACUAAAUGUCAGCAGUACACUUACUGAGUCCGAUCCUAUCGUGAUCCAAGUCGAAGGGCUCCCGGCAUUUAUCAAGGAACCCGAGUCCUUGAAUGUCACCAGGAACACCCCCUUUAACCUGACUUGCGAGGCCGUGGGCCCUCCUGAGCCAGUAACGAUCAUCUGGCUUCGCGACAACGUGAGGAUCGAGCACGAUAUCUCUAUAUCUCUCUCAUACCUGCCCGUGCAAGGUAUAAAUGAGCCUGUGAAGUAUAGCUGUGAAGCCCAUAAUAAUAAGGGAGUAUCCACAUCCAAGGAAGCUCACAUUAAUAUUAAAGAGACUCCAUCCCCACCGGCAGAUCUGCGCGUCACUCACCAGUCCGCUCACAGCAUAUCUCUGAUGUGGAUUCCUGGGCAUGAUGGGUUCUCUCCUUUCAGCGUCUGCCAGAUUUCUGUAAUACAGAGUCCGAUGGGUAAAACCAACAAUGCCAGUUCCCUUGAUCGUUUCAACGUCACAGUGCCGCCUUAUCAAAAUGACAUCACUCUGCUGAAAGCUAUGACAUCAUACAACAUAAGCAUAUCCUGUAUGAAUGAGAUUGGAUGGUCUGGGCCCAGCUAUUGGAUACAAACUAAUACCACUGAAGGAGUCCCUUCUGCAGCCCCAGGGAGUGUUUCAGUUGCUCUUAACGGGUCCAGUCUGGUAGUGAAAUGGGAGAGCCCAGCAGAGGAGCAGAUGAAUGGCAUCCUGAGUGAGUACGAGGUGCUCAUCAACGAGGAGGGACGAGAACACCCUAUGAUCUUCAAGGAACUUGAGAACGUAGCUCGAAUCCCCUUGCACAAGUUACAGGCUUCCAACGUGACUUACACAGUUCAAGUGGCUGCCAUUACCAAAGCUGGAAGAGGUCUUCUGAGUAAAGCCGUAGUGGUGUUUGUACCUGGAGCUGGUAUAACAUUUGUUCCAUCCACCACCCCUGUGACCCAAAGCCCGGAUUCUUUCUAUAUCGUCCUGGGGGCCUUGUGCUUCGUCAUUGUAAUGGCACUCCUUGUGUCCGUAUUUGUAACCAUCAGGAAAAGAAUGACUGAGACCCGGUUUGGGUAUGCUUUUAGUGGAGGAGAGGCACUGCUACCUGCUGUACAGUACAGAGCCAAGAGCUACAACAGAAAACCUAUUGAAGUUACAUUAAGCAAUUUGGGAAUAAAUGAAGGCCUGCAAACCAAACUACAGGAUGUAAUGACUGAUAGGAAGUUGCUUUCAAUUGGCAAGAUACUGGGAGAAGGAGAGUUUGGUUCAGUGAUGGAAGGCCACCUGAAGCAGCCAGAUGGAAGCAGUCAGAAAGUCGCAGUGAAAACCAUGAAAUUGGAUAACUUCUCUAAGAGAGAGAUUGAAGAAUUCCUCGGUGAAGCAGCAUGCAUGAAGGACUUCUGUCACCCCAACGUCAUCAAACUUCUAGGCGUGUGCUUAGAAGUUAGUUCCAGGGAGAAUUUCCCCAAGCCAAUGGUCAUUUUACCAUUUAUGAAAUACGGGGAUCUUCAUAGCGUUCUGCUUCGCUCCAGACUCCAUGAAAGCCCACAAUUGUUGCCACUGCAGACCCUGUUGAGGUUUAUGAUAGACAUUGCAUUGGGAAUGGAAUACCUCAGCAGUAAGAAUUUCCUUCACCGGGAUUUAGCAGCGAGGAACUGCAUGUUACGCAAUGAUAUGACUGUCUGUGUAGCAGACUUCGGAUUAUCAAAGAAGAUUUACAGUGGAGAUUAUUACAGGCAAGGACGAAUUGCAAAGAUGCCUGUCAAAUGGAUUGCAAUCGAGAGUCUGGCAGACAGAGUCUUCACUACCAAGAGUGAUGUGUGGGCUUUCGGUGUUACAAUGUGGGAAAUAGCCACACGAGGCAUGACUCCUUAUCCAGGUGUUCAGAAUCAUGAAGUUUACGACUAUCUCCUUCAAGGGCACCGGCUACAGCAGCCUGCAGAUUGUCUGGAUGAGCUGUAUGAAAUUAAAUCCUCCUGCUGGAGAAGCGACCCUGCAGACCGGCCUGGGUUUCUGGAGCUCAGGAUGAGGCUCGAGAAGCUGGCAGAGAGGUUACCCGAGGUGUCCAGCAAGGAGGACAUCAUCUACAUCAACACCAGCCUGCCUGAGGAGAGUGAGGAGCUGGAACACCGGACAGACCCCCAACACACCGUGGAGCCCUGUUCACAGGCAGCUGCGGCAGACCAGUCUGUCUUGACGGUAGCAAUCCAUGAUUCCACGGACAGCGCUGAAAGAUACGUUCUCGGUAUUGCGCCCGAGGAGUCGGCUACCUUUUCAGGAGAAGCAAAAACGCCAUUGUUACUUAACGGGGAAUCCCAGCAUCCCAGCAGUGGAAUAGCCCAUGAUCUGCCAUAUGCAGACCAGUCUUCCGAGGAUUCUGUUAUUUUGCUGUAAGGAAAGAAAAACUGAAGUGUCUUUUGAUACAUGUAAACAUGCCCUAGUUGGAUGUGUUCAUGUAUGACUGACUACAUUUGUUACUGUGUUUUUUUUCCCUCAUUAACUGCGGUAUUGUGAUGAGUCGGUACAUGUUUUCAGGUGUAAUUAAUAUGUGCUGUUGCAGAACAUAAUAAUCCUGCCGGGGGAUUGUUCAUAGCUGAUUCCUAGGCUUCCUGUGUAUUUUUUUAAAUGUAUUUAUUUUUUAAAUACUGUUUGCUCCAGACAUUGCAAUGCACUAGCCUGUCUUAUCUCACCUUGACACAGCAAACUGACUGCUCUCAGAAUAUCCAUUAUCUUAUCCAUGGCCCCAGUCAAACAAAUCGGUCAGUUGUAGAUGGCUAUAUAUCAACACCUAAUAUACAUUAUAUAUCUCUUAAUGUCCCAUACUUGUUUGGAGCAGUGCAUUACUGUAGAUGUAUUAAGUAUUUGAUUACAUGGAAGCUUUAUUGUUAAGGACCUCUCUAGUAUAAACAUUUUUACGUAUAUAAUGUAUUCGUAUCUGGAGGUAUUUAUUGAUUUUAAAGAAAUGUUUUACUUAUAAACGGCCAGAGGCAAUAUUUUACAAUCUCCUAUUGAGUUGUGGUACAGUACCACUAAACUUUUUGCAAACAAGUCACGCUGAGAGUGUUAUGGCAGGUGUUGCUGACUUUCACAUCUGAAAAACAAUAAACUCUAUUAAUAUACAUAUACACACACACAUAAUUUCUUGUUGAAUCAGGAUGCAGCAGGGUACUCACACAUUACUACAAAUGAAACAGAAAGUGAUAAACUGAUAACUGGCAAUAAUGCUUAAAAUGGUGAGCUAUCAGUUAAUCAAUUAUGUUAAUCAAUUAUGUUAUUUUGUCAGUCCCUAAAUUCCAAAUGGCAGAUAUUCUCUACUACUUUACUAUUUCAUGGACCCAAACAGUAAAGGACAGAAAUGUGAAAUAGAAGCUAAACAUCAAAUCAGCAAUGAUAUAUAUAUAUAUA